AUCCGUUAAGCUUCCUGUACUUGAUUAUUUACGAAACAGGACGGCUACAAUGUAACCAGGCACAAUGUGACGAUGGUGAGUCUAGUGAAGUUCAAGAUAAGCCAGGUGAUCCAGAGUUCAUCAGCUGCCUCCUAAGAAUGACUUCAGUAGUACCACAAGGAUAAGAAGAUUGCCGACUCUUAUCUAUGAUAAGCUCUCUUAAAAAGAUGUGCCUGUAGUGUAUUUUUGCACCAUAACAAGAAAAUAUGAACAUGACUCCCUAACCUCUUACUAGUUGGAAAGAGUGUAACACUUUGGACAGUGUGUGUUCAGAGCAUAAUGUCUACACUCAAAAGAACAGCAACACAGAUGAAUUCGCUUCAAGACUGCACAUAAACCACAUGGUGUGCCAGUUGCCUUUUGCAUUAUACAAGUGUGAAGCCUUUGUAGUCACAAUGCGAAUCAGUUUUUGCCAGGCUCUCUUAACAGGAGCCAUUGUGCUGAACUUGCUAAUUCUUUAUUAUGUGUCUCGGGCCCAGCAGCAGAUGAUGGAGAAGCGUCACGGGCAAGGCAAGGGUUUGAGAAAAGCCUCCCUAACUGUGUCUGGUCUAAUGGCUGCAGGCGGUCUGGUGGGAGGUCUGGCAGUGGCUAACAGAGAGAUCAGUACACGGAGUCCUCGUGUGACUGUUCUCUUACGUGAGUUUGAAGACUUUGAGAACUAUGUGGGUGAUGUGGCACGCUCUUUUUUACGGCAGAGGCCAGAUGUGCCAUUCCUUGUUGUGGCAGAUACGCUGCCUUACCCUCCUCUGACUCUACCUGAGAAUGUCCGGUUGCUGGUGCUGUCUCCUAGCCCAGAAGAGUCUCCUCAAGCACAUCGCCCAGAAUUCCAUGUGCAGACUGAGUUUGUGCUGCUAGCUCCUGAUGGGGUCGAGCUGGAGCAUGGACGACAGCUCGAGAGGCUGGUUCGUGAGCUGGAGGGGGAGGGAGGUGGGCCAGUUCGACUGGUUGCAGCCCCAGUGCUGAACCGUGCUGCUGUCCAAUGUUUGCACCUGCAGGUGAGCCUGAAGGAAUGGACUGCCACUUAUUCUUUUGCAUCAUUGGGAAGCAGUGGCAGUGUGUGCACAGCCUUGCACGGCGAUGCCGUAGUCCUCAUUCGCGCUGAGGACCUGUUUAACCUGUCGGUCCCGUUAGCACGCCCCCUUCUGUCUGCAUUGUUUAUACAGACGGCAGUGCGGGGCUGGAAGGUCAAGCUGCUGGAGGGGCCGUCGUUCUCUGCAAGCCACCGACCACUCUUCAGCUCAGCGCACAACCAAUGGAAGUCAGACAGUCGUCUGAAGGAGGCUAGCAGCCAGCUUAUGCGGAGCUUUGGCCUGAAGCGCUUGAUAUGGCCAGAUGGAAGGGAUCAGUGGUAUGGCUGCAGCAAGGAGACAGCACGAUGCUUUGGCACAGUGCAUGAUGCUACACCCGAGUAUCUGUACAUGGAGCGCUGGACUCCACCUUGCUGCUUGCGUGCCCUACGCGAAACUACAAAGUAUGUCAUCCACAUCCUAGAGAGCUCAGGUGUGCGCUACUGGCUGGAAGGAGGUAGUCUUUUAGGGGCGGCCAGACAUCAGGACAUCAUCCCUUGGGACUAUGAUGUUGAUUUGGGUAUCUACUUGGAGGAUGUACCUAAAUGUGAAUAUCUGAAGAACUUGGACUCAGGGUCACUGGUGGAUGCUAAUGGAUAUGUAUGGGAGCGAGCAAUAGAGGGAGACUUCUACCGAAUACAGUACAGUGAGGCCAACCAUCUGCAUGUGGAUCUUUGGCCCUUCUACCCCCGGAAUGGAGUGAUGACUAAGGAUACAUGGACUGAGCACAAACAGGAUGUGGAGUUCCCUGAACACUUCCUCCGGCCUUUAGUGCCCAUGCCAUUUGCUGGCAUCACAGCUUAUGGACCCAACAAUCACCGAGCGUUCCUGGAGCUCAAAUUUGGGGAAGGGGUAAUUGAGAACCCUGAGUAUCCCAACCCUGCCAAGAAAAGGCUGGAUAGAAGUCGACAGUGAGGCCAUAACUGAAGGCUAUCUGAUGAUGAACUUUGGAGUUAUAUUUUAAAGGUUUCCAAAUUUGUUUUUGAGUCUUUGCCAAUCGCAAAAAAAGGCAUUAGGGGUGUCAUUACUCUGCUCCAUGGUAUGAAAUGGUCAGAGAAUUUAAAAAAUGUCAGCAGAUACAGAACAGCUGCCAACUGAACUGUUUUUCAGGACUUGUAAUCAUGUGUCCGUAAAUUUCAAAAAGCUGCACAAAAAGGGACUCAGACCAGACUGAAGUAUCUGUUUUGAAGUAAUCAGAAAGUACUAGAGAUGGUCGUCUUUCUCUCCAAGUAAGAACAAAGUUCAACGUUCUUUUUAUUACGACAUUGGUCAAGCAGCAAGGUCAAUUUGUACACAAUACAAGUAGCAUGUGCUGGUUGUGAAUAUAGUCAAUUUUACAAAUGUCUUAACAUUUUUAUUUAAUUAUUUUUAAUUUACAUCUUAAAUACUCAACUCAUAGCUGCUCACUAAAACUUGAAGAUUCAUUUGGCAUUACAUAGAAAGUGUAUAAAUGUAUCAAGCUGAGAAGCAGCUGUUAUAUGUACUACUGAUUUUUGCACAUAUUUGUAUUUGAUAUUCAAGCUAAUUUAAUUUUAUCUUGUUUGGUUUAUUUAGUAUGUUACUAGGCAACUAGAUUUUUAAUGAGUACAUAUUAUCCCCACCUAUUCCUCAAUAUUACUGCUAUUGAAUAUGCACAAAGCUCUCAUCAUUGCUACAUCAUCGCAAUCAUUUGCACAAAUAGUUGGUUUUCUAUAUUUUUAAAAGAGUGUAAAAUUAUGUGCAAUGAAAUGUCAUGUCAAUUCAUAGGUGAAUACAAUGAAAUAUGUUCUCAUGUACACUAAUAUCAGUUUCUGUAUAGCUGGUAAUAACAUUUUAUUGAGAAAUUGGUUGGAAUAUUUACAAAAACAUUGUUUUUGUUCCUUUAUUUUAGGAACUUAAAGUGUAGCUUAGAUUAUUUUUAAGAGAAAAACUGAAACCUGUGGAAACUGGAACAAUAAAAGGUAACAAAGAA